AUAAUAAAUUUAUUAUUUUUUGGGGAAAAUAUUUUCACCCAAAGUUUUCAAUUCCUUCCUAUGCUUCUUUAAUUAUUGUUCCCCCUCCCUUUUUUGAAAAUUUUUAUGGUAAAAAAGUUUGUGAUAAUUCGGAUGCAAAAGGAAUGGCGAAUUUGAACCACCAGCAGAUAUCCAUGUACGAUUAAGAUGCCAUGAACUUACAACAGAACUUGGAAGAAGAGCAAGACGAUAACGUCCCUAGAGGAAGCGGCGAUGGAGGCGGUGGAGGGGAAGAAUCGGUGGAUAACCCUCGGAUCGGAUACCAAGAAAACAGCGGCGUUCUUACUGUUAUGAAUAAUGGCAUGGAAGAGCCUUCUCAUGCCCAUAUUUACGGAAAAGGAUCCGAUUUACCCGGUGGUUCCGGUAAUGCUGGCGCCGAUCAGCUCGCCCUCUCAUUUCAGGGGGAAGUCUAUGUGUUUGAUUCGGUUUCUCCUGAUAAGGUACAAGCGGUAUUGUUACUUCUAGGUGGAUAUGAAAUCCCUUCAGCCAUUCCUGCAAUGGGGGCAGUUCCUGUUAGUCAAAGGGGUAUGAGUGACUUUCGUGGGAGGUCAGUUCAACCACAGAGGGCUGCUUCUUUAAAUCGGUUCAGGCAGAAGAGGAAAGAGCGGUGCUUUGAUAAGAAAAUUCGCUAUACCGUGAGGAAAGAAGUGGCUCUCAGGAUGCAACGCAACAAGGGACAGUUCACAUCAGCCAAGGCAGUUUCCGAUGAUGUAGCCUCAGCCUCUUCGGGAUCAAAUGGGACGCCAGGUUCUGGACAAGAUGAGCAAGAAACUUUAUGUAGGCACUGCGGAAUUAGUUCUAAGUCCACCCCUAUGAUGCGGCGUGGACCUGCUGGUCGAAGGACUCUUUGUAAUGCUUGCGGACUCAAGUGGGCAAAUAAGGGUGUUUUGAGAGACCUUCCAAAGGUCUUCACUGCAGCAAUCCAGGAUCCGACUGCGAAGACCACCGAGCAGGGUGUUCAUCAGAGCGAUGCUGAAGCUAACGACGCGGAGGCUGUAACUGCACCUACAGAUGUUGUAUCUUCAUCGAACGGAGAUAACUCCACUGUCACCGCCGAAAGAUGAGCAGCCGGUUCCGUCGAUUACGGUGAGUGCUAUGUUACUAGCUGGUUGGUAGGCAGAUGUGGAACUUUGUUGUAAAAAACAGGUAUAUAUAUGGUUUUUCAUUGUUUCGCUCAUUUAUGUAACGAAUUGCGGAAUCGUGAGAUUGCGAGAUACAGCCUAAUCAGUGCCUGUAACUUAGGAGUAACAAGAACAACAGAACUCGAGUGUUUAUGUUAGAAAAUUUUCUUCC